AUGAGGCCACCGCGUCUCCCGUGCUCCGCCGUGGCCCUGGUAGCCCUGGUAGCCCUCACGGUCGCCCAUUCAGCGCUCGCGUUCACCAAGUGUGCGGAUCUCAAGUGCAUUUCAUGUGACCAGAAGAAGAGUCGAUGCACCUUGUGCGUGGAUGGCAUGUUCCUGGACUCAAACGGCGUCUGCACCAAGUGCAAGAUUGACGGCUGCGCAACCUGCAACUCCACCGGGCAGUGCACCAAGUGUUGGGACCCCUCACUGUACAUUACCUGCAACGGCACCUGCCAGUCCUGCGGCGACUACUGCGCGGAAUGCCGCCCCGAUGGCUCUUGCGCCAAAUGCAGGGAACACGACGACUGGGAAUCUCGUUUUCCUAAUCCUGACUACCUGAUCGUCACGGCUCCCAAUGGCACCUGCUCCAAGUGCACUAAGCACCCCUGGCGGACAGGCUGCCGCGCCUGCAGCCCUGACAGCACCAAGUGCACCAAGUGUGGCGAGGGCUCGGUGAUGAUCAACAACACCUGCCAUCCCUGCAAGGACAGUAACUGCGCCGUGUGCAGCCCUUCAUCAGACAAGUGCCAGAAGUGCAUGAAGUGGCCGGCCUGGACUAAGUACGGCGAAUUCGACGACGUGCCUGUGUACAUGGACAGGGAGGGCAUCUGCCGCGAGUGCACACACCUGGUUAAGUACGGCUGCAUGGCCUGUGAUCAGGAUGGGAAGUGCAAGCGCUGUGGUCCAGGGUGGGACGAGGACUCGUUGGGCAGGGUCCUGCGCAAUGGCGUCUGUGUGCCGUGCGACGGCCUGGUGGAGCACUGCAAUGCAUGCACCGCCAAGGGCAAGUGCACUGCCUGCCAAGAUGGCUUCCAUCUGAGCGGCGGAAAGUGUGUGCCCUGCGACCGCGUCGACCCGCUGUGCGAGUAUUGGGAGUCGACACCAGUCUGCAGCAAGCGCUGCGCCAGGUGCACUCCAUCGGGGCCCAACAACACCGCCACCUACCUCGACUGGAAUGGCCGCUGCCGGCAGUGUAUGCCCAACUGCCGCAAGUGCAGCCGAGCUGGGCGCUGCCGCACAUGCGCUUCUGGCUUCCGGCUGGUGGGCUCCAAGUGUGUCGAGUGCCUCGACUACAGCGCCUGUGUGCCGUGCACGGAACUCUAUCGGUACGAUCGGUACGAUCCGUAUGAUCCGUGGGGGAUGGGCUGCAGCAAGUGCACACCUGACAGGAAGCGUUGCUUGGCCUGUUGGGACAAUUACAACGGCGUUCAAAAGAAGUGCUUCAAGUGCCUGGUGCCACUCUGCGCAUCAUGCCUGACCCCCACCAAGUGCGACGUUUGCUACUCAUUCACCUACAAAGACGCCAAGACGGGCCAGUGCCGGCAGUGCCCGCGUGGCUGCAGCGACUGCAACGCCCGCCGCUGCUUCUCUGCGGACGAGGGCUACGUGCUGGUUGGCGGGCAGCCGAAGAAGUGCACUGAUCCGCUCUGCGCAGAGUGUGACGCCACCAACCAGGAGAAGUGCUUGGGAUGUCGCUACACCGGUGAUUUUGUGACGCCGCACUACAUUGACGCCCGCGGCAAGUGCCACGAGUGCACGGUGAAGGGGUGCGAGCUGUGUGGCAACGAUGGGCGCUGCCGGAGGUGCAAGUACGGCUACACCAAGGUGAAGCCAGAGGGCAAGUGCGCGGUGUGA